AUGCUACCCGUAUUUAUCAUUGCCUCCUUGGCAAUUUUGGCACUCAGCACCCUAAUAGGAGUAUUUACCAACACAUUAAUUAUUGCUGUGAACCUCAUUGAUAAGAUCAAGGGCAAACCUCUCAGUUCCUCAGAUCUUAUACUGGCCACACUUUGUACAUCCAAUGUGUUAUUUCAGUUCAUAAUGUUGAUUAAUGAUUAUAUGAGUUUCCUGUACAGUGACAUCUACUUCACAGAUGAGGUUUUUAUCACCUUCACAGUCCUACUCUUCCUCCCGAUCUACUCAAGCUUCUGGUUCACGGUUUGCCUCUCUGUUUACUACUGUUUGCAAAUUGUAAUAUUCACUCACCCCUUGCUAAUUAGACUAAAGAUGGGUCUUUCACGGAUGGUUCCAUGUCUCCUAGUAGCCUCUGUUUUCACCUCCCUAACUACUGGGCUUCCUUCAGCCUGGAACCUCUACAGAGUUGCCGAGGAUGUAAACAUGACAACCAACCACAGUAUAGAAAUUUCAUUUCUAAAAAUGAACAUUGUGUAUCUACUCCCCAGUAAUAUCAUAAGUUGUUCCCUUCCUCUACUUCUUGUGGCAAUAGCUGACGGGUUGAUCAUUAAGUCCCUUGUGACUCACAGGCAUGAUGCAAAUAGAAAUUCAAAGGGAGAGCUCAACAGUCAUGCAGAGGGCCGGAUAAGAGCUGCCAGGACAAUUAGCUGCCUCCUCUACCUGUACAUGUCUUUCUAUGUGUCUGAGAUACUUAUGUUUUUAGAUGCAUUUCCCCCCACUAGCCUGGCUUACUGUGCGUGUCUGAUGGUUAUCUAUAGCUAUUCUCCUGCACAGUCUAUUGUGCUGAUAUUUGGGAGCCCAAAAUUAAAGCAAGUUUCUCUGAGAUUGCUCCAAUGUACCGGGCUAUUCAGUAAAGAACCAUCAAAAACACCAGUGGUCCUUUCUAUCAAGCUUGAGAUUUGA